AUGGAUCGUUCACCGCCUGAAGCAGCUCUGCUUUCGAACAGGACGGUCAGUAACAGCUCAAAACGUCGUCCGGUGCCGUCGUACAUCGAGCAAGACAGUCGGCCGCUGUCUCGCUCACCCGUCGGAUGGCACAGUCCCUCUCACACGGUCGCCUGGGACGAGAUGCAUGGCUCUACAGACGACCAGAGCCAGCAGCAAGGGCGUCACGCGUCAGGAUCAUCGCGACAAGCUACUCCCCAAGCCAAUGAUCGCUCCCACGAGAAUGAGCCACCUUUGCUCGACUUUGAUGAUCCCCUCACGAGCGACAAACUCAUCCUCCAGCAUCCGCGCACAGCAGACACAACAUCGCUAUCGCAACGCAGGAGUAUAUCGACGGCAAGUAUAGACGCGGCCUCAAAGCGGCCUCUGCCCAACGUGCCAUCACCUACCCCUUCGCGUCUGUCGAUCGCGCCCAUAGACACAACCUCUCUCAGCAAUGCCAAGCGAUACGUCUCUGCUCCUUCUUCUGCCUCUGCAAGGCGUCCGAUCCAAUCUCAGCCAGACGCGACUUACAAAGGCCUCGGCCUAGGUCUGCCGCCCAUUUCUGCCCAAGCAAACCAUGACGACGCACCUCGAACUGCUCCCUUGAUCACUACAGGCGUCAGACUGGGCGUAUCUCAUUCGAUGGCAUCUGGACUCGCCCAAUUCGCCCAUGCGCCCCUUUCGCCUGAGCAAACCAAUACCGAGUUGCCCAGUCCGCCUCUGGAUGCGCAACAAGAGCAAGACAGACGACAAGAUCUCAUCGGAUUGGGUGAUCUGGCCACGCCCAGAUGGACUUCUCAGAUCUACGAAAGGAGAUGGGCAGACCGACCUGUCUCUACCCAGAGCAGAGAGGGCUCGCCCGUCUCUCGCCCUCAAACGCGCUCUCUGUAUCAAGCAGAUGGAGCGCUAGCCUCUGCUCGUUAUCCACUCUCGCCUCAAGUCCCAUCGAAAACGGCUAGCGCAAGCUCGACGCCGCCGCUGCCUCAACCAAAGUCGGACUCCUCGGCAACAUCCCGACGACCUUCCUCUGCCUCAAUGGGCAAGGAGCGUCGAUCUCAGCCAGAUGAGACAAAGGCCAAGAAGCGAGCUUCCCUCACAUCGCCAGCGGCACUUUCGCAGACUGUCAUGCGGGCCUCGCGCAGAUCGCACGAACAGAGCCUACAUGUGAACCAGCAAGCUACGAGUGCAGAGGAGAUUGUCGAUGCCGAUCGUGAUAUGGCAGACGCGCUCAGAAAGCUAGACGGUCUCUCUGCUCCUCACUCCGCCACUAGACGAUCCAAAGAGGAUGCCAGAAGAAAAUCUGCCACGCCCUCUCUACCCGUGCCCGUUGCGAAUAUGCGAAGGCAUAGCGAGGCAUACCAUCUUCCGAGCUCGUCGACUGCAGCACAACAGCCCGGUAUCAAGAGGACCUCAUCGAGUUCACGUGCAACACGAGAUCAACCUGCUGCGACUUUGCCUCUACCUCCGACUCCCAACGGUGGCUGGCCUUCGUCAGGCGAAUCGAACCAAUCCGUCCUACUGACCGAGUCAAACUCGUCCUCGUCUUCACCUCGUACAAUGGGCGGAACGUCCUCACUCUUGCUAAGGAGCAACAGCGGAACGGGAAGCAGCUUGGCAGGCAAACGCGUCUCGCGUUAUCGAACGCAAUCUGCUUCCUCCUCUGCUACUACCGCCCCCGCUGCUUCUCCUCAAUAUCCUAGCCAAGCACUGCAUAAGCACGAGGACGAUAGUCGAGACACAAGUCUUGUCUUGGAUGAUGAUGGCUCGACAUUGGCUGCUCAGGAUGGUUCUGCACUCAUCCCACCCGUGCCGCCUCUGCCUCAACACUGGGAGAAGGAGCGAGAGACGGCCGCCCAUCGCUUGUCGAUGGCUACAGGCGAUCAUGCUCGCUCAAGCGCGCUCAUCAAUGACCAAGCAAGAGCAAGCAUGGCUGGUUCGCCCAAGGAUACAUCCUCAAGGCGGACGCCAACCAAGAAAUGGAGCCUCACCUCUGCUCUCUUCACUUCGCUCACCUCUUCCGGUGGCUCAUCCGCCGGUUCGAACAACAGCAAGUCGCCCUCUCUUUCGCGCUCGACGACCUCAACAACGGUCAACGAGCCCAGCUUUGAUCCUGCUACGCUCACGCUCGGCAAGAGUACUGCGAGCAAGCACAAGAGCCUGCCUGCUGCGAAUAUCCUCAAGCCAAGACGCGAUCGACAUGCAUCUGUCAGAGACGUAUAUAGCUUUGAGCCUUCCGGCGUAUCCGGCACCAGUCAGUAUAUGACCAGCUCGGUCAGCCAAGGCACAGGUCUCGCUCGUCUGGCAGCUCUGUCCAACGAUCAGCAGCAGGACGAAUCGCCUCCCUUGCCGCAGGCUCUCACAGAUCCCUUUGACCCCGCAACGCCAACACCACCAGUGCCGCCAACGGAAGAAGCCGAACGCUCGGGCAGAAAAUCAAUACUUGAUUUCUUAUCGCGUCGGCGCAAGUCUGUCUCCUACCCUGCCGGCUCUAUGCAGGCCAGAGCAGAGCCCAUGCCUGCGCCGCCAGCCCACCUGGCUGCCUCGAUAGGCUCGGGAUCGAAUGUGACGCCCACUGCAGCGGUCUCGAGCCCCCCAAUUGCCACGAGCUCGGUCAUGGGCAAAGUCUCCGAGCGAUCUCGUCGGCUCAGUGUUGCAACCACGCAGCUACUUCGCAAGCGAGCAAAGACGGUUAGCCAGCCUAGCGCGCCUCUUGCGGAAGCAGCCAGUCCUAUGGCAGCUGUGCCUGUACCGUCUCUACCCGUGCCUGAAUUCUCAUCACUGCAGCAAGAUACCCUUCGAGCCACCUCGCAUGUCUCUGUCCAAUCACAAGAGCCGCGUCAAUCCGGCUCGACCAGCCUAUCACCCUCGCAAGACGUCGACGCACUGGACGCGAAUGCGAUAGACGAUGCACAGCGAGCAUCUGCCUAUCUGGCAGCCACGCCCGUCGUCGUCACCUCAUCUACCACCACAAGGAUACCCCGCGCUAUUGCUCGUACUGGCUCAUUGACACGCCGGACAAGCCAGAUCGCGCCCGCCACCGCAGUGCAAGGUCAAGGAAAUGCACAGAAUGGCAUGCCGUCAUCACACAAUGCUUUGCCGGAUCUACCAACCGAUUCGAACGAGGUACGCAGCACGAUGCCUGCGCCUAAGCCACCAGCGCCAGUAUCACGAUCUUCGCUGUAUCUGCCAACGCUAUCUAGCAGACAAAAGAUGGUUGGUCAGCCUGCACAGGUCAUCUCGGGCCCAUCAGUCAAACGCUCGAGCGUCACUUUGCCGGCUGCAGGUUCCACGGAGAAGAAAGUCGGACGAUCCAUGAGUCAAAAACUCAACGUGACCUCUCGAUUCAGGACAUCUGUCAACCUGUCUAGUGCUGGGUCAUCUCGGCCUUCAUCAGUAGCCUCAUCGCUUGCAGGCAGCUCUCGUGGACCAACGCCUCAGAGUACAUCAUCUCUCGAAGAACGCGAUCGCUUGGCUGAUCAAGAAAUGGCCGAGUUCGUUGAGCGUCAGAUCCACAAGCGCGCGCAAGCAGGUGCAAGUCGCGCCGAGCUUCGCCAACUGUGUGAGUUCCCAGGCUUGGCCGAAAGCCUGCCCGCUCGUCAACCCGGCGAUGCAUUACUCGAAUGGUAUUCUCAGCUCACGCCCUAUGAGCACGAUGAAGUUCUCGAGUACGAUGAAGUCUACUUUGGCGGUCUCAAGGCCGACAAGAUCGCAGCUGUCAGGACUCACACGACGCAGAAUUAUGGCUUUGACGAUGAGCGCGGCGACUACAUUGUCAAGUCGCACGAUCACGUUUGCUUUCGGUAUGAGAUUGUGGGCACGCUCGGCAAAGGCUCGUUCGGACAAGUUCUACAGUGUCGUGAUCACAAGACAGGUCAGACAGUCGCUCUCAAAAUCAUCCGCAACAAGAAACGGUUCCAUCAUCAAGCGCUGGUCGAGAUCAAAGUCCUCGAGAACUUGCGUAAAUGGGAUCCCGAUGACGAAUGCUAUGUCCUCAAAAUGACACAGCACUUCGAGUUCCGCGGCCAUCUCUGCAUCGUCAACGAAUUGCUCGGUAUGAAUCUGUACGAGCUCAUCAAGGCCAACUCGUUCGUCGGCUUCUCGACCAAUCUCAUCCGACGCUUUGCGACUCAAAUUCUCGAAGCGCUCGUGCUUCUGCGUCAUCAUCGCGUCGUGCAUUGCGAUCUCAAGCCGGAGAAUAUAUUGCUCAGGCAUCCCACGAAGAGUGGCGUCAAGGUCAUCGAUUUUGGCAGCUCUUGCUUCGAGAAUGAAAAAAUCUAUACCUAUAUCCAGAGCAGGUUCUACCGCUCCCCAGAGGUCAUCCUCGGCAUGGACUAUCAUAUGGCUAUCGAUAUGUUCUCGCUCGGCGCGAUCUGUGCAGAACUCUAUACUGGCUACCCCAUCUUCCCCGGAGAGAACGAGCAAGAGCAGCUGGCAUGCAUCAUGGAGAUCAUGGGCUUGCCUGAGCGACAUAUCAUCGAUCGGGCUUCUCGUCGCAAGCUUUUUUUUGACUCUACUGGCGCACCUCGCAUUGUGGCCAAUUCGAAGGGACGCAAACGACGGCCAGGCACCAAAAAUCUAGCGCAAGUCCUCAAUUGCGACGACGAGCUCUUUGUCGACUUUAUCGCACGGUGUCUUGCUUGGGAUCCCGAUCGACGGAUCCAGCCAGCACGUGCUCUGCGACACCCUUUCAUUCGACCGGAUGUCGUCGUCCCAUUGCCAACAGUCCCCAUUGCGUCUACUCGACUGCCACGCAUGUCAGUACCGAGAGAUCAACUGGCGCGCCUGCCUACAGCGCCUGCUGCGCCCGUUAUGGCCAGCUCUGCAACGACGGGCCAGCUGCCUAGCCUUACUGCGGGCACGAACGGUAAUUCGAGCGAGAUGAAGGGUCGACUGCGAGCCAUGUCGACUGCCGCGACUGCCUCUCGCUUGCCACGAUGGACUGCCAACAUAGCACCUCGACCGCAACAACAGCAACAGCAAAUCUCGCAGCAUCUUUCCUGA